AUGACUACACGUUGGAACAUAAAGUAUGUGAUUAAAGGAGAAAAAACGUGUGUUCCUCGACUGUUAUUUUAUAAAACGAUGAAACUGAAAUUGGGUAUGACGGAAACAUCCCCGAAAAGUGGGAAAAUAUUCAAAAGUUCCCCAGGAACAACAAGUCUGCUCACAUUUAUAAUUCUUGCUCUAGCAUGGUUGGUUGGAUUCGCUUCUCGUUUAUUUGCCAUUGUCCGAUUCGAGUCAAUUAUUCACGAGUUCGACCCAUGGUUCAACUAUCGUGCCACCCACCAUAUGGUCGAGCAUGGAUUUUAUAAUUUCCUCAACUGGUUUGAUGAAAGGGCUUGGUAUCCCUUAGGCAGGAUCGUUGGCGGAACAGUGUACCCUGGGUUAAUGGUGACAUCGGGUGCCAUACAUUAUGUACUUUCUGUGCUGAAUAUUCCAGUUCAUAUUCGGGACGUGUGCGUUUUCCUGGCCCCUAUUUUUAGUGGUUUAACUGCAAUCGCCACGUAUCUUUUGACGAGAGAGUUAUGGACGGCAGGUGCAGGCUUAUUCGCUGCUUGUUUUAUUGCCAUUUCUCCGGGUUAUACUAGUCGAUCAGUUGCGGGAUCUUAUGACAAUGAAGGCAUUGCCAUAUUCGCUUUACAGUUUACUUACUUCCUUUGGGUUCGUUCUGUAAGAACUGGCUCGGUUUUUUGGGGUGCUUUGACGGCACUUUCUUACUUUUAUAUGGUUUCUGCGUGGGGAGGAUAUGUUUUUAUCAUCAACUUAAUUCCUCUGCAUGUAUUAGUACUCAUUGUCAUUGGGAGAUAUACGUCUAAACUUUACGUUGCUUAUACUACAUUUUAUGUCCUCGGCCAAGUAAUGGCUAUGCAGGUUCCGUUUGUUGGUUUCCAGCCGGUCAAGACUUCUGAGCAUAUGGCAGCAGCUGGAGUUUUUGGUCUUUUGCAGCUAGUGGCAUUUUUGAAAUAUUUGCAAAAACGUGUUUCACCGCAACAGUUUAUGACAUUGUUCAUUGGUGGCAUUUCGGUAGUAUCUGCACUUGGGCUUGCGAUCAUUGUUUUACUGACUUAUGCAGGUUACAUCGCUCCUUGGUCUGGUCGAUUUUAUUCAUUGUGGGAUACAGGUUAUGCUAAAAUUCAUAUUCCCAUUAUUGCAUCUGUUUCUGAACACCAGCCGACUACGUGGGUUUCCUUCUUUUUUGACCUUCAUAUCACAGCAGCGAUAUUUCCUGUCGGAUUAUGGUACUGCGUGAAAAACGUCAACGACGAGAGAGUUUUUAUCAUUCUUUAUGCUGUGACUGCUGUUUACUUUGCUGGCGUUAUGGUUCGUUUGAUGCUUACUUUGACACCAGUUGUUUGUGUUCUUUCUGGAAUUGCCUUCUCACAUACGUAUGAAAAAUUCCUUGUUGAUGACAGUAAUGAGUCUACGUCUAAAAGCCCGCCAGCGGAAGACAGUGGCGCACAAAAGUACGACAAGCCAUCGAAAAACAGAAAGGGAACGACGUCUGGUUCCAAGUCUGAUGUACCACAGGAAGAUACAUCUCUCGGCACUAAUACCCGCUCUAUUGUUUCAGUAGUUCUAGUACUGAUGUUGUUGAUGUUUGUUGUUCACUGUACGUAUGUGACAAGCAAUGCCUACUCACAUCCAUCUGUGGUUCUUCAAUCUCAUACGUCUAGUGGAGGACGAGUUAUUAUGGAUGACUUUCGUGAGGCAUAUUAUUGGUUGAGGAAGAAUACCGAAGAAAAUGCUCGAAUUAUGAGUUGGUGGGAUUAUGGCUAUCAAAUUGCGGGUAUGGCUAAUAGGACUACUUUGGUGGACAAUAAUACUUGGAACAAUUCCCACAUAGCUUUAGUUGGGAAGGCUAUGUCUUCAAACGAAUCAGCAGCUUACGAAAUUAUGAGAGCGCUGGAUGUGGAUUAUGUGCUUGCUAUAUUUGGAGGAGUUAUUGGAUAUUCAGGUGACGAUAUAAACAAGUUUUUAUGGAUGGUACGCAUUGCUGAAGGGGAGCAUCCAAAUGACAUAAGGGAAAGCAACUAUUUCACUGAAACCGGUGAAUAUAGCAUAGGAGCUGAUGCAUCAAAGACAAUGUUGAAUUGUCUUAUGUAUAAACUGUGUUAUUAUCGGUUUGGAGAAAUAAAGCUCGGUUAUCAGCAACCAUCUGGUUUCGACAGGACAAGGAAUUACAUAAUUGGGAAGAAGGAUAUCGUACUGGAACACAUUGAAGAAGCAUACACUACUGAGAACUGGCUUGUUCGCAUUUAUAAAGUUAAAAAGCCGUCAAACCGUCCUUACAUAAAGUAUCAGCUCCGACGCAUCAAGUCGACCAAGUCCCUUUCUUUGUCUAAAAAAAGUAAAUCCGGGAAGGGUGUCAUACGUGGAAAACCUGUAGUGAGGAAAGCCAGAGAUCGCAAACCCAAAUGA